GCUAUAGUUUACUAAAUUAACAGUGCAUUCAGACAGCAGACGUCGAUUUUGCAAUCGUUCAUCAUCAUCACGUAGGUUACACGCUGCUGCAUAUAGCCACACAACCAUCAACAAACAUAGCAUACAGCCGGUUCUUAACACCAGAAAUAUUAAAGUUCUGUCAUUGACAGAACUUUAAUAUUAACACUUAUUUGAUUCGUACGUCUCCAGUACAGUAGAUGGCGAUAUGUAGGCUACCCGUAUUUCACUGAUACUGACAAAGGAAAAAAUAAGUCUGUUCAUGACGUAUAGCACUAGCAGUUGCGGCGCGUAAAAUUAAAGGAAGAUAAUUUUGCUUGCUGAAUUAAGCUGGUUUAUGAGCUGGCGGUCUCACUCCUUCGCUUAAUGAUUGAUGAAAGUUUGCCCUUUAGUGUCUAAUAAAAAUGGACCCAGAAUGCAUCAUUAUUCUCAGUGACGAGGAGGAUGAUGACUGUCCUACAGUGUUUUUGGACGAAUCCUCUGUGUUAAUCGUGGAGGAAUUUGUCAAGAACGAAGAUCAUCAAACACCAGAAGUGAACAAUACUAGUGAGAUUGUGGAUGAAGACUUGGCAGUAACUUUCUCCAAAAAGGGAGCUGUGAUGCCACAUGCCAGAUAUGACUGCAAUAUCUAUCUUUUCAGUCCAAUGGAAAACGACACCAGUAAUCCAGUUAACAAUAACAAAGCUUUCUGUGAGCAGUGUUUUUGUUACAUCUGUGAUAAAUUGGCAUCAGAGUGUAUGUUUUGGAGCACCCCUGGAGUCUGCCAUUGCAAUGCUCAUAAACGAAGUGCGUUCUGGAAGGACCAGAGAGACAAGGCUGUUCUUGGAUACCUUCAUAUUUUUAACUUUGAUCUUCUGGAAGUAGAUGCAGAACUGAGACGUGCUGAGAGUCUCCUCCUGAGGUUUGAAGCCAUUUUGAAAAUGGAAUAUGGCACAUUUCUUAAGGGUGUGGAGACAACGUUGUCGGAUAUUGUCAGCUGUGGCUGCUACUGUCAUACAGCCAAUGCGUUCACUGUUGGAUGCAGAAAAUGCAAAUCCAGACAUGUGGAUGUGAAGCUCUAUGACUACUCCAAAGUGUACAGUCUGGUGUUGGAGUUCCUGGAUGAAGCUGACAAAGAGAAACCCAGAACAGCUGCGGUGAUGUUGCUUGGAGCUGCCAAAAAUUUUAUUGUCCAUACACAACCAACAGGCAUCCCAAACGCAAAUUCAAAAGCGUACGUUUCAGAAGCCAUUCCUGUAUUAUUAACAAGGGUGACGAAUGCUCUGAUGAAGUUGAUGGUUGUUGGUGACUUCAGUGCUUCGUUCUCAAAGAAACUGCAAAGCUUCUUUCACUCACUCCCACUGCCUGCGAAAAGCAGGUGGCUGAGCUGUUGUCUGAACGUGCUCCACUGGGACGAUCCUCUCCUGGUUGCUGUGUUAAAAGGGCAGAACAUCACCGGAGAAAGAGUCCAACGAGGGAAGAGAGAAGUCCUGUUUGAACCUGUGGUCAUUGUCCAGGCACGUGUGGAGAAACUUGAGGAGCAACAAAGGUACAGGGAACUGGCAAGGUAUCUGAAGGUUGUGAGGAGCGAUCACAAAAUGCUUUUACAGAGUAUGACGGAUUGCAUCCCCUUUUUCUUGUGCAAGGCUGGACAGUACCAUCUAGCACUGCAGGGAUUUUUCAUUCCAACAUCGGAGGCAUGCUGCAGCGCCUGUCGACUGUUUCCAAACCAGUUUGCUGUGUACUUGAAAGUCUUCACCACAGGAAAAAUGCCAGUUGGAAAAGAUCCUUUUCUGUCGACAGAGUGGGAGACUGUCAAAGAUGCCAAUCUUCCAAAGAGUUCUGAGGUUAUUAAGUUUGCUUUGAGGAUUUUGAAUUGCAACACAGCUGUGUUUAUGGAUUCGGAGCCGUGGGUGAAUCUGAUCAGUGCAGCAUGCUGUCCACUGUUGGCAGAGGAUUGUUCUCUUACAUGUGCCUCCUUCUCUGCGCCUGACAUUGAAUUUCAGAUGAAGACUAGGGACAUGGCAGCAGCCAUUCUCCUAGAUGGAUCACAAAUCCAAAUUCCAAAAUCAUUUCAAAAUAAUUAUCCAGACCAGGCUCUUCUGUUGCUAGUCACACAGGCCCUUGUGCACAGGAUUGUCCAAAGUGCUAUGAUCAAUAUCCUCAAUGUUGUCAUGGCUUUCAAAGCAAAUGCAUGGGCACUAAAGUUCUUCUUCCAUGGCCUCAGUACCAGGCCUGACAUCCUGCAGGAAUUCAUGAAAGCACUUCUGAAAGAACUGUACAGGGAAAAGCAUGUACAGACCUACCGAAAAAGGGACAUACCCUCGGAGCUCACCCUCAUUGCAGACUUCCUCUUCUUCUGCCUGCUGGACAACAGUCCACAUUUAUUUUCAGUCCACCAACAAAUCCUUGAUGACCUUUUAAAUAAUUGGAAUGAGUUUGAUUUCCCAUGGCAAUACUACCUCCGAUGCCUCCUGCAGCAAUAUGAGAUUCAACCUGAUAAACGCAGGUUCCUUGAUCUGAUCAGGAUGAAGAAGUCUAGAUGCAUGGCCCUCACAGAUGCUGUAAAACGGAUUCCAUUGGAAUAAAAUGAAAAAAACUUUUUUUAAGCGCACAAAUUCUUGCCUACAUCAGAAUUUUACCUUAACUUUGCCUAACAAUUGAGUUUGCAGAUGAGAAAUAACAUUAUCAAGUUAUCUUUAUCAAACAAGUUUAUCAAGAAAAUGGGCAACAUGCGUUUACUUAUCAAAGUUAAGGAUAUGCAGUGCAGUCUGUGUAUUUGAUCAAAUACUUAUGGACUGCACUUGUAUGCUUAUUGUGUAUGAGCCAAAAUUGUUUUAAUGUUUGCUUUUUUGCACCCUGCAUUGAAUACCCGCAACCAUACCAAUAUUGUAUUUUUACUGUUGUGAUUUAAGUGUGUUGGAGCAUUGAGUGUUUUCUGUUGUACAAUAUUUUCCUUGGAUCAUUAAGUUUUGGGAAUUGCAUUGUUUCAGGUUAUUGCCUUUAACAUUGCACUGAAAUGAAUUACUAUUGGAAUACAUGUAAAACAUAGAGCCAUGGCAAUAGUUCACUUUUGUGAUUAUACAUUCUGUUUAAGCCUUUCUUUUUUGUAAUGGUUGCACAUUUGUUAAUGCCAAUUCUGGCAUAUUUUUGCACUUUGUGAAACUGAUUACAUUUAUGCGACCAAAACCACAAGCAGAUGUAUACUGUCUUUGACAAAAUAAAAAUAUUAAAGAAAUGAAAGAAUUCAUUAAUCACAUGGGCAAGUAGCUAAAUACAGUUGACAGGGUGGGUCAGAUUAAACAUUUUAUUAAAUAUAUUAAGUUCUGGUGUUUACAACUCUCAAAACAUACAAAAGCAAAUUGCAAUUUAACAAAACAUUCUGAAUCAUUCCAAACAUUUCUGUGCAAAAUAUAAUUCCGACAUUGGCACAUACAAGAUGGGUACAUACAGGUUUUUAUCCCAGUUAUACCCUAAUUGAUAAGAUUUCUAGAGCAGGAUACAGCCCAUUACACCCUGCCCAUGGGCAUGCAUACAAAGGCUUUGUGAAUUCCCAUACUAGGUUACCAAUUGUACUGAAAUGUGUAGAAAUCAAUAUUCUGACCCAACAAUUUAUGUACUGCAACUGGAUAUGGGUAGGAAAAGGGUGUCUUAGCUGAAUGACAUUCAAACACAAAUCCAAUCCCAUACAUUCUACCCAAAGCUGAGACUGGGCUGUAGGUGGACCAGCAAGACAAUGACCCAAAGCAUACCGCAAAAUCCAUACAGAAUCUCUUCUGUGACAAAAUCUGUUCUGUAAUGGCCAUCUCAGCUGCCGGACUUCAAUCCAAUUGAAAAACCUGUGGGCUGAACUGAAGAGGGCAGCUGAUUAGCGCAAACCCAAAAAUUUGAAGGAUCUUGUAAGGAUCUGCAUAGAAGAAUGGUCCAAAAUCCCUCCAAAUGCGUUCCAUAACUAUGUCAAGCAUUAGAGGAAAAGGACAUGCUGUUAUCCUUGUCAUAGGUGGAUGCACCAAGUACUAAACCUAGGGUGCCAAUACUUAUGAAACCUUGAUUUUGGUGAAAUCUGCUUUUAUUAAAUGAAUGUUUGAUUUUGGUUUGUUCUAUUGGAAUAUUAAUAAAAUAUGUAUUUUUCAAGUUGC